AUGGCUACUCAUGGUAAACUAUCAUUUAUAUUAAUAUUAUGCUUCUUUGGACAUGUUAUGUAUCUAUGUUCUGGUUUUGUUGUACCUUCAGAAGAUUGUAGUAAAAAUACAUACACAAAAGCGGAAUUGGACGAUUCCUGCAAAGGCAAAAACAAAGUCGGAAACGAAUCAUCAAUAUGCAAAGAGUAUUGUAAGACAACACCUACAAUUGAUCUCUCAUACUUCCCAUCUCCAGUGAACAAAGUUGGAAAAUAUUUUCUUAAUGACAUAAAAGUUGCAUGCGAUGGUUAUUGUUCCCAAGAGAACACGUGUCUAUGUGUACCUGUUGGUGAUAUAUUAUAUGAAGAACCUGGGAAAAUUCAAAUCAUAAUCAAUCCAGAACAAACAGUCUUUUUUUCAAGUGUUAACUUAGGUGGCAAAAAUGUCAGUCUAGGUGAGGUUCUUUGUGGAGAUCCUAAGUAA